AAAAAAAAAUCUGGUUCGCGUUCUUGUCGUCGGUCGGUCCGAAAGAUUCGCGGUUUGCAUCCAUCGUGCGUGUUCCCGUUUAUUUGCCCGUAAAUAUCGGUUAUUUCGUGCGUGAUUUCCAUCGCGGAACAGUGUGUCCACCGUGUAUGCGUUCCGUUAAAUGUGUCGCGCGUGUGCCCGUUAUCUAGAAUGAAAGUCACCGUAAAAAGUUGGAUGGGAGUCGCCGUCUGGAAAUGGCUCGCCAACGAUGACAGCUGCGGAAUCUGUCGGAUGGCCUUCGAGGGCUGCUGUCCGGAUUGUUCGCUACCCGGAGACGAUUGUCCGCUAGUGUGGGGUUCCUGUUCGCACUGUUUCCACAUGCACUGCAUCGUCAAGUGGCUCAACUCGCAGGCCAACCAGCAGUGUCCCAUGUGUCGCCAGACGUGGAAAUUCAACGACAAGUAGGCGGAAGUACAGGAAGGGGUGGCGGCACGAAGGAGCAAAGCAGCAGUCGAUCCCGAAUGGAAGAAGUGAACCUUGUGGAAUAACAGAAAAGUGGUGGUGGUGCAGUGUCGAACAGUAUUGCAUGUAAACAGAAGUAAACUUGAUUGUUGAACCAGAAUCGAACCGGGGAGCGAUACCUAUUGAAAAAAAAAGUGUUGAAAGCAACGAUUAGUUUUGCUGGCCGUGGGAGGAUCAAGUUGGAGCUUACGGGAUUGGUCACUACCACUAGUUGUUGGUGUGCAUUUUAAGCUAAGUGAGCGGAAAGUGAUUGUUGAGUGCUGGGCUGCUAGUUUGAGGUCGGAUUUAUCUGGGUUGUGCUGCGUUGCGGAGAUUUUAAAGUGAACUUCGUGGAUUGAAGGAUUACGUGAGAUUUUUUCUGUGCUGACUUCAGGAGGACCCGCGAUUA